AUGGAUAUCCAGAGUGUUUUAGCCGGAGGCCUGACCUCAGCAACCAGCGGACUUUCAUGGUUCUUUCCGGUGCUGGCGGCCGCGCUCGUGUAUUUCCAAUACGAAGUAAUGGACAACGAAGCGCCACCAAUUAAUAUACCGUCCGAAGUGCUUCUGCCAACCUACGAUUUUAUCGUGAUAGGAGCUGGUUCCGCAGGAGCUGUCGUCGCGAGUCGACUAUCCGAGAUCGAAAACUGGAACGUCCUUCUUCUGGAAGCUGGGGGCGAUGAAACAGAAAUUUCAGAUGUUCCGCUUCUUGCCGGUUAUUUGCAGCUCAGUCAACUCGACUGGCAAUACAAAACGGAACCGGAAACAGGUGCUUGCAUGGCAAUGGAGCAGGGUCGCUGCAACUGGCCACGCGGCAAAGUGAUCGGAGGCAGCAGCGUCCUGAACUACAUGCUCUACCUGCGAGGUAACAAGAAAGACUACGACGUAUGGGAACGACAAGGUAAUCCUGGUUGGGGGUCCAGGGAUGUCCUGUAUUACUUCAAGAAGUCCGAGGACAAUCAGAACCCGUAUCUGACGCGUACACCGUAUCACGGGACCGGCGGUUACUUGACCGUCCAGGAAGCGCCUUGGCACACACCACUGGCCGCGGCGUUCGUCCAAGCUGGCCAAGAGAUGGGCUACGAGAAUCGUGACAUAAACGGGGAACAUCACACCGGGUUCAUGAUCGCACAAGGAACGAUCAGACGUGGCAGUCGAUGCUCGACAGCGAAGGCUUUCCUUCGACCGGCCAGGCUGCGCAAGAACCUCCACGUCGCCAUGCACUCGCACGUCACGAAGAUCCUGAUCGAUCCGAAGACCAAGAUGACGUACGGCGUGGAGUUCGUCAGGGACGAGAAGAUCUUUCGUAUACGAAUAAAAAAGGAGGUGAUCGUGUCCGGGGGUUCGGUCAACUCUCCACAAUUGCUGAUGCUCUCAGGGAUCGGACCCAAAGAACACCUUCUGCAACACGGAAUCCCUGUGAUCCAGGAUCUUCGAGUUGGCCACAAUCUUCAAGACCACGUUGGCCUCGGUGGACUGACCUUCAUGGUCAAUCAAGAGAUCUCCAUGGUGGAGAAACGAUUACACAGCGUCCAGGCGGUGAUGCAAUACGCUAUCUUCGGAGAUGGUCCUCUAACCGUUCUGGGUGGCGUCGAGGGCCUAGCCUUCGUCAACACGAAGUACGUGAACGCAUCUGACGACUUUCCUGACAUCGAGCUGCACUUCAUAUCGGGCUCGACCAACUCUGACGGGGGAAGACAGAUCAGGAAGGUCCACGGUCUCACCAAACGAUUCUACGACGCUGUUUUUGGACCCAUAAGCGACAAGGACGUGUGGAGCGUGAUACCGAUGCUUCUCAGACCGAAGAGCAAAGGCGUUAUCGAACUGCGCAGCAAGAACCCGUUCGAUCAUCCUUUGAUUUAUCCGAAUUACUUCAAAGAGCAGGAGGAUGUUGCCACCUUGGUCGAGGGAGUGAAGAUAGGCGUUGCGUUGAGCAGAACCGCCGCGUUUAGACGUUUCGGCAGCGAACUGAACUCGAAACAGUUCCCAGGCUGCAAGCACGUACCGAUGUACAGUGACGGUUAUUGGGAAUGUAUGAUCAGACACUAUUCGGCGACGAUUUAUCAUCCUGUUGGCACCUGCAAGAUGGGCCCUUAUUGGGAUCCAGAGGCAGUUGUCGAUCCACAGCUUCGAGUGUACGGCGUGACCGGUCUUCGUGUGAUGGACGCCUCUAUUAUGCCGAAUCUCGUCAGUGGUAACACCAAUGCGCCGGUUAUCAUGAUCGGGGAGAAAGGAUCGGACAUGAUAAAGGAAUUCUGGUUGAAACGUAGAGGUCGAGGAUGA